CAUUUCUGUUGCGACCUGUACUUCCACUAGAGGGCGGUGUUAUUUGACCCCGCCACAGGUUUGCUUCCUCUGAGUAAAACCCGGAAAAGGAGCCACGAACUUCGGCGGUGUUUACAAAAAGACCCGUGGAGCUCGUGAGUGUUUCACUGGACCUGGAACUACUUUGUAUUCAUCUUUGGUGAGAUAAACAAACAAGCGAAGCCUCCAGGUGUAACACCGAGUAGUUCUGAGUCAGUAUUCGUCGGUUCGGGCUGUUCUCAAAAACGAAAGUAAAGUGUCGAGGACGGGCAGAAUGGACGAGGAGCCUUUACCCAUGACGGAGGAGCUGACCUGCCCCGUGUGCAAGGACAUCUUCCGGGACCCAGUCCUGCUGCCCUGCAGCCACAGCUUCUGCCGGGAGUGUCUGCAGGGGUGUCUGCAGGUGAAACUCUUGUGUCCGCUGUGCCGCAAGGAGUGGACGGAGGGACAGGCCAUCUCCAACCGGGAUCUCGGCAAAGCCUGCGAGGUCUUCCAGCGAGAGGCCGGCUGGCUGCGGAGCCAGCAGCGGCCCGGAGAGGACAUCUGCCGGAUCCACCUGAAGCCGCUGGAGCUGUACUGCGAGAAGGACGAGGAGCCGCUGUGCGUGGGCUGCUUCUCCCAGCACAACACGCACAGGCUGUGGUCGCUGAAAGAGGGAGCUCCGCUGUGUAAGAAGGAGCUCAGUUUCAGAGUGGACAUCUUUAAAAAGAAAGUGGAUUCGCACAGGAAGAUGAAACUCCUUCUCAACAACACAGUGGAGCACAUCAAGUAUCAAGCUGGGCAGGCGGAGAAACACAUCAAGGCAGAGUUUGAGAGGCUCUACGAAGCACUUCGCACGGAGGAAGCUCGGCGUCUUCAAGUCCUCGCUACUGAGGAGGAGCAGAAGAUUGCUGCCAUAGAGGAGCUGAUUGUCAAGACAAACUACGAAGUCGUCGCUCUGAAAAAGCUCAUCGAUACUUUGAAGACGGAAAUGGGCAACGAGGAUCUUAACCUCCUGCAGAAUUUCAAGAAUUUGAAGAUAAAAGCCCAGUGGCCUCAUGAAGACCCUUGCAUCCCUGAUGACUCUCUUUUGAACAUGGGCAAUCAUGUUGGUGAUUUGAGCUUCAAAAUCUGGAAGAAUCUGCAAACCCAUGUCAAAUACUAUCCAGUGGUGCUGAACCCAAACACAGCUUCUCCAUGGCUGUCCGUGAGCGCUGACCUGACCAGUGUGAAGGAAAGCUCAGAGCGGCUGACCGUCCCGGAAAACCCGGAGCGCUUCGACCCCUGUAUCUUUGUCCUGGGAGCUGAAGGUUACACCUCCGGGAAACACAGAUGGGAUGUUGUCGUUGGUGACAGCGCGAAAUGGAUUGUGGGAGUAUGCAAAGAGUCGGUGGUCCGCAAAAAGAAGUUCACGGUGUCUACGAGCCGCGGUGUGUGGUCCAUAGGCCUCAGCAAAGGGGUGUACAAUGCCCUCACACCUGAGCGUACAGAACUGCAGGUGCAGCAGCGUCCAAACAGGAUUCGCAUCAAGCUAAACAUAGAUAAGGGGGAUGUGUCAUUUUGGGAUGGGGAAACAGAACAGCAUCUCAUCAGUUUUACACACAAUUUUAACGAGAAGAUUUUUCCCAUUUUUGGCCCAGGGCUCCAUAGUGAACCUAUGACUCUGGUUCAAGGAAAAAUGGCCGUGCACACUUCAUAAUGGGCUGUGAUACGGCAGAGGGGUGAAUUGUUUCACUUUAACCUGUAGAACAGAAAAUCUGAUAUUGAAAAAAAAAACAUAUAAGAAAGUGUAACGUGCACUAAUAUUUAAUUAAUAGAUAGAGAGCUUGAGCGAUAUAAAAAGUGAUGGCGGAAGCUGCUGAUCAAUACUGUUACCAGCUCUCAAUAUCAACAAAUAUUUGUGAAAUUAACUAUUUAAAUGGCUUGCUUCCAUAGCUACUCUUGUCUUUGAUUAGUAAGCACUCUAAGAUUAGACACAUACUCGAGGGGACAUUAUAGUGGUAGUUAUUUAUCUAUGCAUACAUUUGAUUUAAAUUCUUGUCUUUAUGCCCUGGAAUAUGUGCUUUUACUCAUCGCUCUCCUACCUUUUUAUGCUUUUGUUGAUUAGCCUCAAAUAUUGUGAUAAUCUUUGGGCUUGUUGGUUUUUCGAUAAUCAUAUUGAGUCGCUGUUCAUCACUCACCACAGCCUGGCCAGGGAGUAGUCACGUCCUAGACAGUACUGAAGGAUGAUAAACUACUUCGACUGCUCUGAAUCUGCACGUGCAGAAAACUGAAUAUACUGUCUCCAUAUUGACACUUGUUCAAUAAAAUAUGAUUCAAAUCAAA